AGAUAAUAAUAUUAGUCCUGGUCAGGAAUAACCUUCCUAUAUUUUUUUUUAUUGUAACUCACUUUUUCACUUUAAAAAAAAAUGACUUCAAGAUUACCAAUUUCUGUGAAAGAAUUUUCAGGAUUCAUGAGUAAAGUAAAUUUAAAGUAUAAAGAAAGAAUAGGAGUUGCAGUAUCAGGAGGAGUAGAUAGUAUGGCAUUAUGUUAUUUAUUAAAUCAAUAUUGUAAAAAAUCAGGAAAUCAGAUUACAGCUUUUAUCAUUGAUCAUCAAUUAAGAGAAGAGAGCACAAAAGAAGCAUUUCAAGUUUCUAAUAUUUUAUCUACAUUAGAGAUUAACAAUCAAAUAAUGAAAAUUCAAUGGAAAAGGGUUGACCUUUCAGAUUUAACAAUUAAUAAUUCUAAUUCUCCAUUUCCUACACAAUCACAGUAUGAAACAUUUGCUAGAAUUGAAAGAUAUAAAUUAUUAGCAAAAGGAUGUAAUGAGUAUAAAAUUUCAUCAUUAUUUGUAGGACAUCAUUUAAAUGAUCAAUUAGAAACUUUAUUAAUGAGAUUAUCAAGAGGAAGUGGAAUUAAUGGAUUGGCUUCAAUGUCUAUUAUAAGUAAAUUUCCUGUUAUAAGAAAUAUUGAAGCUAUUGGAUUACAAACUGUUAGACCAUUAUUAUUUGUAACAAAGGAUAGAUUGAAAGAAACUUGUAUUAAGGCUAAUAUUCCUUGGGUUGAAGAUCCUUCAAAUCAAUCAAUGGAUCAUAAAAGAAAUGUUGUAAGAUUUUCAUUGAAUAAAUUUAAUAAAAAAUAUUAUAUUGAAGGAAAAGAAGAAUAUGAACCUUUAACUACAGAAGGAUUAUCAAGGUUCAUGAGCCACAUGGAAUAUCAUAAAAAUUGUGUAAAUUCAGAAGCGAAUGAAAUCAUAAAUCAUUCAAGGAUUAAAUUUGAUAAGAAUAAUGGAAUUUGUACAUUAAUUUUACCUGAUCCAAUUCCAUCUUUUCAUUGGAUAUUACAGAAAUAUUUAGCUACAAGAAUAAUAAGUAAAAUAAUAACAUUUGUUAAAUGUUUGGAACAACCUCCAAGAUUAGAAUCUGUAUUGAGAUUUUAUGAUCAUAUAUUGUCUUUUUCCACUUUAUCUUCUAAAAUAUCUCAAAUUCUCCUUUCACAUAACAAGACUUCAAGAUACAACAAUAUUACAUUGAAUAAUGUUUUAUUAUGUUAUGAAAAAAAAGUUAAUUACGUUUCGGACAUACCUUAUGGAAAUUUGACAUUUUGUAGACAACCAUUUACAUCUAAAGAAGAAACAAAAAAUAUUGUAAUAAUUCAGAAUGGUCAAGUUGUAUUAUGGGAUAAAAGAUUUUUUGUUGGUAUAAAUUUUGUUUCACAGGAAAAUAAGAAAAAAACAUUGAAGGAUAACAACAAUUCAAUUUCCUUACAACCACAAUAUUAUAUAAGAAGAUUAUGUAAUAAAGACAUUUAUGAUAUAAUUGAAAUGAAAAUGGAAGCAAUUCAUGCUACUUAUAAAGAUAUAAUUGAAAGAUAUAAAAAAAGUGUACCCCCCAUUGCUAGAUUUAGCAUUCCGGUAGUUAUUGAAAAGUCAUAUUUUGUUUCCUCAGACAAUAUUUUAUGUGAAAGAGAGAAAAUUAUUAGUAUACCUACUUUGGGAAUAUUCCUGAAUCCGGAAAGUAUCUCUUGUUGGGCCAAAUUUCGUGGGAAUACUCUUAUUGGCAUAGAUGAACUCAUUGAAAAUAGUUUUAUCACCUGAUAAAGCAUAAUAUUCUUGUAAAUUGAAUAAAAAAAACUGGAAUACAAAUAAUUACAAUCAACGAAAAAGUAAUCAUACGAUAGCUAUAAAGUAUUUCAAAGAUACCACUUUUUAAUACAAUACGACUUUCUUAGGCAUACAGAUAUGUGCGAUUAAAUAUAUUAACAUAAAAAACAUGAGAACACCGACUAUCAGCUAAUAUCUUUUUCCUUAAUUAUUGUUGAUUUUAUUGACAGUU